AACCUUGAACCGGAAGUAUUUUACAGCCUCGAACUGACAACAACCAGCUGUCGAUUGUCAUUCUGUCACUAGGAGAAAAUUCCCUGAAAAGGAAUAUUUCCCAUGGUACCGGAAUAGGUGAUGGAGAAAUCGAAGAGUAACGACCAGCCCCGCUGUCCGUGUGGAUUUUGGGGGUCUUCCAGUACCCUUGGCCUUUGUUCACAAUGUUACAAAUCACACAUAGAGAAAACCAAUGAUGCAUUACAGACUACACCAGAUCAUCUCAUUUCUCCAGAAACUGCCAGACAGAUGAAACAAAGUGGACACAGUCAUAUGGAGGGUGCAAAACAAACCAGCCAUAGCAUAAGUCUGGAGGGAGGCAAAAGUAACAGCAGUUCUCUCACAGAGAGCCAAUCACAGCCCUGUUCUUCCCAGCAGUUAAUAAGUGAGAGCUUAAAAGACUCUAGUGUUUCUAAGGAAACCAAGGAUUCUGAACAAAGUUCUGAAAACACUCCCUCAGAAACCGGAUCCCCCCCUCCCCAGUCUUCCUCCAAUUCACCAGCUCCGGAUACCCCUGAGAAAAGGGGGGUUAAACGUGAUAUAUCAGAAGUGGACAAAGAAACGGAAACUCCGGAGUCAACGCCAGAAAAAGGACAGAAAAAUAAGAAACGCUGUUACCAGUGUAAAUGUAAGCUGGAGCUGGCUCAGAGGCAGAUUGGCAGAUGUAAAUGUGAUUAUGUAUUCUGUUCUCUGCAUCGUUUGCCGGAACUUCACAAUUGCGAAUUUGAUCACAAAGAGGACGGGCGAAGAGAAGCGCGGGAAAAGAUGGUGAAACCUACGAGACACUUAGGAACGUCAUUCCAGAGGCUUGACCCUGAUUCUUGAGUCGUUAGCUCCGCCCACUGACGGCAUUAACCAAUGUGUUUUGUUUAUAUUUGAAUAUUAUGUAGGCUGCAGUAUUAACAAGGCAGCCAUUAGUUUCAUUUUUUUUU